AAAGGAGGGGGUUCCGCGGCCGCGUCUCCCUCCUUCCCACAAGAGGGCCGUCCCGCCGCGACUCCGCUUUGCAUAGCCCCGCCCAUGGUUGCCGGGGCGACAGCAGACGCGCCCGCCGGGGCUCCGGGCGGAGUUUUCGAGCCGGUUCCCGGAGCGCUUCGGCUGUCCAACCGGUGCAGCUCCGCCCCGCAGCCAGCCGGGCCCCGGGGCCCUUCCCCAGCCGAGGAUGUCGGGGCGGCGGGAGGAGCGGGAGCUGCAGAGCUUCCUGCAGGACGUGGACGAAGUCGCGGCCUUGAUUGAAGGCCUGAAGUCCAGCGAUCCGGCCAUCCAGGAAAAAGCCAUUGCAGAUACGGAGAAGAGACUCGGGUCCAUUUCAGGCGAGGAGGGAAAGAAGCCGAAGCCCAAAGUGGACAGGACGGUCAUCAACAUGCAGCCUUCACCGGGGUUGCCAAGUCAAGAGGAGACAAUGAAUCCAGAGAGCUUCCUGGCGGCUUUAGAGAAGGAUGCCCAGGAGCGAGCCAGGAGGAGGAAAGAAAAUGAAGCCUUGGCAAACGCCCUGAAAGACCAAGGGAACGACGCUUUCAGCAAAGGGGACUACGCUUCAGCUGUGCAAAACUACACAGAAGGCCUGAAGAAGCAAAAGGACAUGCCAGCCUUGUAUACCAACCGGGCGCAGGCCUACAUCAAGUUGCGGAAGUACGAGAAAGCCAUUAGCGACUGCAGCUGGGCAUUGAGGUGUGAUGAAAAAUGCACCAAGGCUCUCUUCCAUAUGGGAAAGGCCCACCAAGCCAAGAAGCAGUUCCAGCAGGCCAGAGAGUGCUACCUGAAGAUUUUAGAAAUUGACCCCCAGAAGGAGAAGCUGUGCAAAGACUGCAUACACAAAAUAGACUUGGAGGAAAAAAGACUCUGUGAGGAGGAGAGAGCAGCAGAAGAUUUCAAGUCCGGGAAACUCACCGCGGUCACCGUGAAUGAGAUGCUUCAGAAACUCAGCAAGCCGGAUCAGGACCUUCUUUAUUACGCAGGUGGCAUUCGGCUUCUGGCGGACCUAGUUCAAGCCUGCACCGAGCAAACUUUAUUUAGGAUGAACGGCGGGUUCAGCGUCAUCUCCGACAACAAGGUCAUAGAACAGGUCCUCGGCGCCAAGAUCAGCUCGCCUGCCGAACUGGAGCUGGUUCGCUCCCUGCUUCUCCUCUGGCAAGCCGUCUGCAAAGGGAACGAGGAGAACCAGCGGCUGCUUCUAACUCAUCCCGAUGUGAAUGCGCAGCUUCCCGGCUUGCUGUGCUCGGAGGCGCCUGAAGUCCAGGAACAGUGCAUGGCUCUGCUGUCUCUCUUCGCGGAGACUGAGCACGGGAGGAUCCUCCUGGUCAGACAUCUGAACACCACCAAGUGGCUACAGACAUUGAUAUCCUUAGUUAAAGUUGCUGACAGCAGAGCUGCCAGCGCAAUGAAUUUGCUGACCCACUUAAUCCUGGAAGAAAACUUCAAAAUCCAGUGCCGUAUUAAACUGUCCACAGAAGCCUUGCCAAUCUUUACUCAAUUGCUGAGCUCUUCCAAGCCUUUGAAGGAGACGGUCCUGAGCCAGUGCAUUGCCCUCAUGGGAGACCUCUGCUCAGAUGUGGUCAUCCGGAUGCAGAUGACCGAAAAUCAGGAAUGCUGGCAAGCUUGCUUGAGCUUCGUGAAUCAAUGCUGGAUCGAAAACAGUGUCGCCAGAUAUCCUGAAUGUUUGCAUGCAGUCCUAGGCCUAAUGAUGAACCUCUCCCUGGAACCCAACUCAGUCAUCGAGGAACUUGCAGAAGAAAUCUGUGACACGUGUAUGUCUCUCUUCAACAGUCCAGACGGGAGGAUCAUCACAAGAGCCGUGGGGCUUUUGAGUCACGUCCUGCCGACAAGUCUGGUGGCUCUGGAAGAAGCUGUGAGACAAGACGUGGUGAGGAAAGCGAUCCGAUUUCUGAAGGCUGGUGGACAAACCACGACCGGUUAUGCCAUGAAGGUCCUUGCCAUUUGUGCCAAGAAUAGUCGGCUGGCUCUGACGCAGAUUGUGAAACUGGAUAAGAAAUGCAGCCUGUUGCUGAAGCUUCUGUCCUGGCCGAACGAGGGGGUGGCAGGCAACGCUGCUUUCUGCCUGGAGAAAUGUCUGGAGGUGCCUGGCACAGCCACCAAUUUGCUGGACACGGAUGUGGUCAGAAUCCUCUUGAGAGUCACCACAGGGAGAGCCCAAAAGGCUUCUGUGCAAGACAAUGCAGCCAUCGCCUUAGGGAAGCUCUGCGCAGCUGAUGCCAGGCACACCAGCCGGCUGCGGGAGCUGAAUGGAAUGGCGGCCCUGAGUGCUUCCGUCAGGAAGAUGCAAGGCUGUUAGGGUGCCAGCAGAUGGUCCAGACAAGGUUUCUGUGGCCAGCCCCGUCUCGGGUUGGAAUUGUGCUUUCUUUUUACAAUAAAGAGGAUUAAAAACGGGGUGGGGCAGAGGGAGAGAGAGGGUCAUAAAAAUAACAAAUAUAAUAAAUCGCUUGGAACAGUG